UUCUUGUUUACAAACCCUGUGUUUAACACCAAAGACUUAAUACAAGUACAUUGAUCAGUUGCUAUUCAAUUACUGCGAUGACUAGAGGAAACCAACGAGACACAGAUCGGGCAAAGGCUGCCAAGAAGCAAGCUGCUUUGAACAAAUCCAAAGCAAAGGAAAGUAAUACAUCGCUGGCAAAGCGCAAAGAAGCUGAUGCAGAGAUUCUAAGAGCGAAGCAGAAGAAACGAGACGAAGAGAAGGCCACAGAAGCCGCAGCAAACGCAGCAAAAUCUAUUAAAUAACACGAGCCUAUGGUCAGGUCUUCUGACUCGGGUCUGUGAUCGUUAUCAGUCAGGACUUGGUGGGAGCGUCUAUCAUCUUCAAUACCUUGCCUUACUUCCUUGAUAUGACACUAUAUCGUCUUUCUGCGCGACACAUAUGCGAUGGGCUGCAUUAAUUUUUGGACCCAGCUAUAUCAAAUAACAACUGCAUGUAUUCGUAAGCUCCUGCGUCUCCAAUCAUAAACGAUGUGAAAGACUCCCUCGCAACACUGGAAGUAUCCACAAGCUGGGGACGAUUUCUACGGGACCUUCUCAAGACGCUAUGAGAUAAUCGCACGCAGAUCAUUGGGGCGAUUAGUCAUAUCAUCACCUGGUUUCCCU